UGAGGAGGGGACACCUAGCAGAAAACCAUUUGUCGCAACGCCAUGAAAAAUCGCACAUAAAUCCAACGGAUGAGCACCAAAAAAAAUUGUAAUCGUUGCAUCCAGCAGCUUCCUGUCGUUGUACAUCUAGCAACAACGAUUUUGAUUAAAAAAAUAGCAACAGGCACUACUCCCCAGUCCCCACCGAGCCGCACACUGCAUGCUCCCUUAUCGACAACAUCGCCAUUCCUCGGCCGGCCAGUCCACUGCCGCUCCGCCGCCUCGUCGGCUAGGCCGCCGCGCCACCAUCGGAGCUUCAUGGCCGCCGGCACCUUCAACCGUUGCCACACACCGCCCGGGCUUGCCCACGUCCAGAUCGAGCCGGCAAACGGACGGAUCUGUCUUCCCCGUGUCCGUCCCAGUCCUCGCUGCCUCGCCGGAGUCGUCAAGGCGCCGGCCCUCAUCCACCAAGUCAACUACAUCGCACCCAUGCCUCGUCUCAGGAGGAGCAGCGAGCCAGCGCCCGCUUCUGCAUCGAGCACUGCUCGAUCCGACCGCAUCGCCCAAGGCCCAGUCCGCCGCCGCCUUCCUCCGCCCUCGCCGUCCUCCCGCCGGAGGUCGCCGCCAGCAUGAACGUCGCCUCCUCAAACUCUCCGCCCGCCUCCGGCCACGUCCUCGACCGGAUCCGCCGGAUCUUCAUCGCCGCGCCAAGUCCCGCAGCCGCCUGACACCGCCGCGUCUUCUUCCCCUGCGCUGCUCGAGAACGAGCAGAGCCGCCGUUCCCUCACUUAAAGAGAGACCGCGGUGCAAUUUCUGGAAAACUGAAGGGCUUUUUUGCAAAACAGCCAUGACGACGGACGACCAGAAACGCUAGCCGCGCUUUAUUAUUAUUAUUAUUAUUACUAGCAAACAGGCCCGUGCGUUGCAACGGGAGGAAGAAAAAGUAACAUGGAACAAUAGCUUCACUAAGAUCAACUAAAGACAUUAUUAUUAUGACAUAUAAACGUUCGUGUUU